GUAAAGUGACGGGCGCGUUCAGUUCUUGCGGCUGUCGCCUCGGUAUGUCCGGGAUGGCGGCACUCUUGAGGAGACGAGGGUUUCUAUACAGCCUAGGCGGUUGCCCGUACUUAGUCUCGACCUGCUUCGGCUGCAGGUUUUUGUCGUCCUCAGUCUCCGGGGAGCCUACGCAGGGCGAAGAUCCGGAGAGGAAGAGCGCGCCCUCGCCUCCCAAGACAAAGGUUUCACGUUUUUACCCGCCUUCAGAUUCUUGCUGUGAUUGGAUUGGACCUCCUGAUCAAUAUUCAAAUCUUCGACCAGUAAUAUUUUAUGUUCCUAAACAUGAAACUCCAUUGGAGCGAAGACUGAGAGAACUUAGGCAGGAAACCCAGGCUUGGAAUCAAGAAUUCUGGACAAAUCAAAAUUUAUCAUUUAGAAAGGAAAAAGAAGAAUUUAUUUGUUCUAGACUGAAAGCCAAGGGUAUACAGCCAAGAGAUGAAAAAGGUCAGAAAGCAUCACUGACUAUAGAGGAAAUGGCUGAAUUUUACAAAGAUUUCCUAAGUAAAAACUUGGGAAAAAAUGUAUACUACAAUAGGGAAUGGUACAAACGGAAUUUUGCUAUCACAUUCCUCAUGGGACAAGUAGCGUUUGAAAAAGCGUGGAAGAAAUUUGGACUGAAAUGAAAUACAAACUAACAGCAACUUUGGUUUUUUCAACCAAAGAUGAGACGAAGAAUUGAGUUUCUCUUCUAAAUUAUAUCAAAGCAUUCUGGUAUAUUUGUAUAUAGGUGCUUAUUUUUAUUUAUUUAUUUAUUUUGUUCAUUUAUAUAUCAGAUGCUUCUGGCUGACAGCAAUGGUUAAGAAACAGUAUUAAUAUAUAAUGGAAAACUAUAAAAUAAAUAAUAAUUAUAAUAGAACUGUCUAAAACAAAUGAUUAAACCCCAGAAAUUGCAGUAUCAGAACAAUAAAUCAAAAGAUGAUUAAAGAAUACAAUAAAAGGAAGAGGAUACCCAGUCCAACAAGUUAGGUUCAUGCCCAGUGCCUUGUCAAAACAGUGAGGGGAGAAUGGCAUUGAACUUAGUAAACAUACAUUACACUUUAGUCAUAUAGUGUAAUUUAAAUGUUCCUUUUCCUUCCACUGGAGUUGCUCUUAGUCUGUCUAAAUAUAAAAAUGAUUAACAUUGCAUACAAGAACACUGCAUAUGUCAGGAACUUGAUACUCAUAGAGUAAAAUAAAUUAAUACUUAGUCAUGGUGAGUCUUUUGUUAUAAAAGACUGGUAAUUUAUUAAUACUGUUUCAACUAUAAAUAAUUCAAAUAAUAUUUUUCUAUGGAACUGUAAUUACCACUCAUGAAGAUGCCAGCAUUAUACUGUAAUGCAUGAAGAUGAUACUGUACUUGUGUCAUUUACAUCAUUAUCUCUGAAAAGUUUAUAAUUUAGGAAUGGUUCUCCUAAUAAAGACUUUUGUUGCUGGGUAUGAAUUGCUUUGUCCUGCAUUGCAUUAUUUAAAAAUUUGUGACCAAAUGUAUAGAACAUCUUGCUAAAUGGCUGAAAAUUGUAUGUUAACAACACAUGCUAUGAUGUGGCAUGGGAACAUCUGAGAAGGAUAGGUCCAAGGACCAGAGAAGUAGAAAUGCCAAAUCUGCCCAACAAGACACAUCAAAUGCCAUUCUGAAACCUGUUUGGGCUUUUUCCGAGAUAAAAGAAAUUAUCUGGCUGCAUAUGAAACACUUAAGACAUAUUGGACCUGCAGCAUGGAUCCCAGGAAAAUAUAAAGAGGACUGGAUUGAUCCAGAUAAUCCAGCACGAUCCAGAUCUCUGCUUUACUAACAGUGUCCAAUCCUUUCAUCUUUUUUACACAUCAUUAAUUGCUAAAUGACUGAAAUAUUUUAAGAUGAGUUUGGAAUUAAUGCUUCAUUUAAUUAAAUACAAACAUGUCUCCAUUUUGAUGUAUUCAUUUUUUAAAAUCUCAUAUUCAGUAUUCAUUCUAGAAGAAAUCAUCUGUGUCUGUCAAUCUAUUCUUACAUAAAUAUUACCUUUAUUUAUUGAUUUGCACAUCCGAUGCCUCUUUAAUAGAUGUAUGAUAGAUUGCAUUAGUUUAAUGGAAAAGCAGCAACUAUUCCACAACUCAAAAUAUAUACCAUAUGGCAUGUCAUAUAAUGAUUUGCUCAUGGCAUUAUUCUGAAAAGUGGCUCAUUGUGAUCGACUUCUGCCUGAAUAGAAAGGUUCCUGGUGGAUUUUGCAUAGAGCAGUACUUCUAAUGGAUUCAGAUUGUGCGUUCCUUCCACACAUGGAAAGAUUGCUUUUAUUACAGGCACAUUUCCUUCAGUAAAGGAAACAUAAGCAGGUGAAAGCAACUUUUAUUAUCCAUUCCAUCCCCUGCAGCCAUUAGUAUUCUAAUAAUAGGUCUGGCCAAUUUCAUCUCCCUGUAGGGCAGAUCUUUAGAGGAUGCUAGUAGCUCCAGAUGAAAAGGGAUUGGUAUACACAAUGUAUAUGCACAAACCCACACCAAAGGCAAUUAUAAUGGCCAC